UCGACCGUCCGUGCUGCGGGACGUACGUAACCGCGUUCGAAACGUGCCUUGCUAUAUUUACGUGCCUUCCAAACAGACUUAAAAGCAAUCCCGCGUAAAAUUUUACCAUUUAUAACUGAUCUAAACAAUUUUAUAAAUAAUAGUGCGUAUAAUUGUGGUGCUGUACGAGAAACAAUACUUAUAACUGGAUAGAAUACACUUUUAACUUAUAAUCAAAGUGUAGUGUGUGUGCUCGAGAUCUUAAGCCGACUUAAGAGAGGAGAGACGCGAAGAACUGAGACUCGUUUGGCGUCCUUUGAGAUAGUGUGCGCGUACGUGUGUGUAUACUUCUAUAUGUUGGUUGUUGGUUGAUCGUUGCACCUGUGGAUUCGGUGCAAGGACCGGAUCACACACUAGAAACAAGACAAGACCACGAAUAGAGAAUUAUAAGAUUUUGACAUUGCGGCCAUAUUUAAGCGGUCGCGCCAUCUACCAGAGCAUUUGUGGCGACAUCAAGUGGAGUAAAACACAAUGAACGUGAAACGGCAGUAACGAGAGGUUUUAACUGCCCAGCAUCAUGACCACCGCGUAUUCAACAUGGCGGCGAUGGACUUCCGACGCUGCGCUAGUGUCUACACUGAUUAUGGUGGCGCUGGUAGCGCUUCCAGUGAGGGCGUGGCUCCCGGACACCUCUUCGAAAGUAAUCAGCGAUAUUGGACAACUGCCCACGAUUAAAUUCGUCGGCAAUGCUUCAUAUCCGGAUCAUUUUAUUGUCCUGAAUCAGGACGAACAAACAGUGCUACUUGGGGCUAGAAAUACCGUUUAUAAUCUUAGCGUGUAUGACUUUUUAGAACGCAAAGAGUCUAGAAUAGAAUGGCAAUCAUCUGAAGCACAUAUGCAAUUGUGCAUCCUCAAAGGAAAGAGUCCCGAGGAAGAUUGCGAGAAUUAUAUACGAAUUAUGCAUCCUACCUCACCGGGGGUGUUUUUAAUUUGUGGGACCAAUUCAUUCAAGCCACAAUGUAGAUAUUACUCAAGAAAUAACGGAAAAUACUCGAUAGAAAGAGAAUUUGAAGGCAUCGGGGUGUGUCCCUAUGACCCAUACCACAACAGUACGGCCGUUUAUAGCAACGGGCAAUUAUACUCGGCGACAGUGGCGGACUUUUCCGGCGGAGAUCCGCUCAUUUACAGAGAACCGCAGCGCACGGAACUUUCCGAUCUCAAACAGUUGAAUGCUCCCAACUUUGUUAGUUCAGUGCCGUAUGGCGAUUACAUCUUCUUUUUCUACCGGGAGACCGCUGUGGAGUACAUCAACUGCGGUAAAGUGAUUUACUCACGCGUUGCGAGAGUCUGCAAAGAAGACAAAGGUGGACCGCACCAAUUUCGUGACAGGUGGACAUCAUUCCUCAAAACCCGACUCAAUUGUUCAGUACCUGGAGAAUAUCCGUUUUAUUUCGAUGAAAUUCAAUCAACAAGUGAUGUCGUUGAAGGUAAAUACGGUAGUAAUCUUACGAAUCACGUCAUUUACGGUACGUUAACAACGCCGAGCAAUGCGAUUGGUGGGUCGGCCAUUUGCGUGUAUAACAUGCGCGAUGUAAUCGCCGCGUUCGAGGGCAACUUCAAGCAGCAGGAAGGGAUCAAUUCGAAUUGGCUUCCUGUUUCUAAGGAGAAAAUUCCCAACCCGCGGCCGGGACAAUGCGUGCCUGACAGUCGAAUUCUUCCCGAGAACAAUGUGAAUUUCGUCAAGACACAUUCGUUGAUGGAGAAUUCCGUGCCCGCCAUGUUUGGUAAACCGAUUCUUAUCCGUGUCAGUUUGCAGUAUCGUUUCACCGCCAUUGCUGUCGACGCUCAGGUGGCCACAGUGGAUGAUGGCUUGUUUGACGUCAUCUAUGUAGGCACUGAUAACGGCAAAGUGUUAAAGUUGGUAAAUGUAGCGUUGAAUAAUGAAACGGCCAGAGCAAUUGUAAUAUCGGAGAAUGUCAUCCUCCCGAAUGGAUUGCCUAUUACUCAACUUAAGAUAGCUCCAGGUCACGGGAAGGUUAUUGUGGUAGGAAGGGACGAGGUACGACUAGCGGAAAUAUUGCAUUGUAACUCAAUGAAGUCCUGUGGGGCCUGCGUGCAAUUACAAGAUCCUCAUUGUGCGUGGAACACGAAAAAACUCAGUUGUGUUAGUUUAGACAAGACUAGGACACUCAAACGUGCUUUAAUUCAGGAUAUCUACAAAGGAGAUGAAUCGAAAUGUAGAACUGCUGGGGUUCCAUCUACUGCACCAGACAGCGAAGAGAAGAAAAAUCCGAAAAUCAUCACGAAUGACAUAGAUAAGGAGAUAGAAUCGACAAUACAAGAGACAAAACAGAUUGAUCCUCUUUUAGCAGUGAAUGACUUGAACGAUUGCGAGAAUGAAGUUGACGGACACAUUAACUGUGCUGUAAAACAACGUCUGGUGAUCUACACGGCGGAAACUCUUCAAAUGUGGGUCCUGGGCGCCGCCAUUUUGUGUCUACUCAUGGGUUUCAUAUCCGGUUAUGUAUUUUCACGAAAAUUUCAUCCACAGCAAGAUUUUACGGCGCCAUUUAUCGAACAGCACAAUCAAUUAGAAGGAAGAAAUCCGACGAAUUUUUUAGCGCCGCGUCCGAAUAAGUCGGUUAAUUUGAACGUUCACGUGAAUAUCCCGCCGCCUCCAAAGAAAGACAACCUGGAGACGAGCAAGGAUCUGAAUAUUGCCAGCGAUGGUACGCUGCAGAAGAAGAUUAAGAAGACGUAUAUCUAAAUCGUGUGUGUUCAAAUCAAACUAAACCGAACUUUAAGCGGACUAAAAAACAAAAGUGCUAUUAUUUGACAAUUGACAAUAUUAUUCAGAAGAAUCUUCAAAGAAGUUUAUAUCUAUGUAAAAUGUGUAAAUAGUCUAAAGUUUAAUCGUACGUGAGGAGAGAAUCAGCAAGAAAUUAUUUUGUUAUCAUUUUAAAUCAUUUAUGCGAAGCGAAGUGUUUUUUUGUAGCUCAAUUUAAGACGCCUGGCAUAGAGUUGUAUUUAUGCGCGCAUCAUCUAUCUUUUUUGAAUACUUCCAUUGUGAUACUAUUCUACUUCUAAUUCAAAUUACGCGGUGUGCGCUCAAAUUGAACGCACAUCUCACAUCGCUCUCUGUAAAUAGUUAAAUGCGUGAAGAAAGGAAAGUCAAAGACCAUAAAAUUGAAAUACAUAUCUGCAUUGGCUGUGAUCGGAAAAGUAUUUUUGUUUGUUAAAUUAGAACGUGCAGUCAAUACAGAUUCAAUUUCGCGAUAGGAUAGGAUAUUUUUACAGUACUGAAUACUUUGUACAAAUAUAUUGAUAGUUAAUUAGUAAUAAACAUUCCAUUUCUAUAUUUUAUAAAAUUAAAUGUACAUCAUAACGAGAUGGCAAUAUGUGUAUUAUAUAUUUUAGUAAUUGUCGAAGUAAAGAAAUAAAGAUAUUUACAAUAAAA